AUGGAGAGGACUCUGGUGUUCUCGGACAGCUCUCUGAACUACGCGGAUACCAGAUGGGACGAGGUUUUCCAGCCACUUAGCAACACAUGCAGCGACUUAGAUGCAAGUGACUUUCCUGGAGCGCGCAGAGACCAGCUGGUGGUGCGGCUAGGGGCGGCCCGCGGCUUCCUGGCGCACACGCCGUUCCAUCCGCCGGCAGUGCCGGCCGACCUGCUACCCACGGUGCGGCUGUUCCACGGCGCGCCGCUCGCCUGGUGGGUGGGCCAGGUGCUCAGCUACCUGAUGCGGCUGCACCCUCGCUCCGACCAGCUCGUGAGGGCGGCACUGCGCCGACUCAACUUCACCAGGCCCAUCGUGGGGAUCCACGUGCGAAGAAGUGACAAAUUGUUCCAUGAAGCUGAAUAUCACGCUGUCGACGAGUACAUGGCCGCAGUAGAGGACUUCUACGAAACGCUGGAGAUAACAAACGGCGGUGUAGCAAGAAAGAUAUACGUGGCUACAGACGACGUGAGUGUUUUCGAUGAGAUCAAUAAAAAAUAUCCUGACUACACAGUUAUUGGGGAUCGAAAUAUAUCCUCGAGGGCAAGUGGGAAGACGAAAUAUAGUAAAGAAGCUCUUGACGGAAUCUUGGUGGACAUCCACUUGCUCUCCAUGUGUGACUUCGUAGUCUGUACGUUCAGCUCUAAUAUUUGUCGCCUUGUGUACGAGAUGAUGCAGUCACUGCACGUAGAUGCAUCAACGCGUGUGACCUCUCUGGACUGGGACUACGGGUUUACAGGGAUGCGGAAACUGCGUCUCUACAGAGUUAUACUGCAACAUUCAGCAAGGUCGGCAGAGGAAAUGAACAUGAGGCGUGGCGAUAUAAUUGCUGUGAAUUUCUACAACGCGACAAAUAAUUAUGGUUACAAUCUUAAUACAAGCGAAUCAGGAUACUUCCCGAUUUUUAAGACUGUGGAGGAUGCUAAAUCAGUACCUUUCCCUGCGUAUCCGUACGUUUGA